AUGGCGACUCAAGCAGGCAAUCCAAAUAUGGAAUUAUUGAUUCCAAUGAUCAAUCAACUUCAACAAAUAUUUACAACUGCUAAUGCAAAAUUAACAUUGACACUACCACAAAUAGUAGUAGUCGGUGCUCAAUCAGCUGGUAAAAGUUCAGUACUUGAAAAUAUUGUUGGCCGAGAUUUUCUUCCUCGUGGUGGAAGUAUGGUCACUAAACGACCUCUUGUUCUUCAAUUGAUUACAUCACAAGGCCAAGAAUAUGCUGUAUUUGGACAUAAACCACAACAAAGAUUUAUAAACUAUGCUGAUGUUCGAGCUGAAAUUGAGAAUGAUACAAAAUCAGUUGUACGUGAAGAAAUGGGUGUUUCCAAUAUGCCCAUUAAUUUGACGAUUUUUUCACCACAUGUCGUCAAUCUUACUCUGGUUGAUUUACCGGGUAUGGUUAAAGUUCCAUCUCAAGGGCAGCCACCUGAUAUAGUGAAAAAAAUUGAUGAUAUUAUCAUUGAAUAUAUAAGCAAUGAAAAUUGUCUGAUAUUAGCUGUAACACCGGCUAAUAUUGAUCUUGUAACAUCAGAUGCUUUAGUUAUGGCACGUAGUCGAGAUCCAAUGGGUAAACGUACAAUAGGUGUAUUAACUAAACUUGAUAUGAUGGGUAAAGGACAUAAUGCUCGUGAAGUACUUUUAAAUAAAGUUGUGGUACUUGAACGAGGCUUUAUUGGUGUUGUACUUCGUGGUCAACGUCUCGAUGACCAUGGUCGAGUAGCAAAGGAAUUAGAUAUUCCAGGUGCACUUGAACAUGAACGACAAUUUUUUAUGAAUGAAUCAGCUUAUCGUGAUAUUGCUGAUCGAAUGGGUGUUCCAUAUUUACAACGUACACUUAGUUUACAAUUAACUGAACAUAUUCUUAAAUGUUUACCAGAUUUAAAACGUGAAUUACAAUCACGAUUUCGUGAUUUAUCUAAAGACGUUGCUGAAUAUCGUGCAUCAGCUAUGUUUGAAAAUUCUUCAACAUCAGAUACAAAAGCACUUGUUGGAUUAACUCAUGAAAUACGGGAAGAUUUUGAUACAGCAUUACAGGGUAAUAAUUUAAAAGAAGCUGAUUUAAAAACAUUAACAGGUGGUGCACGUAUUGCAAAUAUAUUUCGUGAACGUUUUCCAUUUGAAUUAGUUAAAGUUGAAUUACAAGAUAAAGAUAUGCGUAAUCAAACAGUUGUUGCAAUAAAAAAUAUUCGUGGUUUUCGAUCAGGUCUUUUUACACCAGAUGAAGCAUUUGAAUAUAUAGUUCAAAUGCAAAUAGCUAAAUUUGAAGACCCAAUUAUGAAAUGUGUUGAUAUGGUUACAUCCGAAUUACUUUCAAUUGUUCAUGAAGCAACUAGUAAAAUGAAACGUUAUCCUUUAUUACGACAAGCAACAGAAGAUUUACUUAUGCAAUAUCUUAAAGAGAGAGAAAUUGCAACAAAACAAGCAUGUUCAGCUUAUAUUCAAACACAAUUAGCAUAUAUUAAUACAAACAAUGAAGAUUUUAUUGGAUUUGCUAAUGCAGAAAAAUCCGUUAAUUCCGGUGAAACCAAACGACAUGUGACCAAUCAGAUUAUUCGUAAAGGAUUUCUUCGUGUUCAUACUGGUGUUAAAUUAUUUCAAGCCAAAGAUUUUUUCUUUGUUUUAUCCACUGAUAAUCUAUCUUGGUUUACAGAUGCAGAUGAAAAAGAUAAAAAAUAUAUGUUACCAUUAGAAAAUCUUAAAAUUCGUGAUGUUGAAAGUGGUUUUAUGGCAAGACGACCACAAUUUGCAAUAUUUCAUACUGAAGGAAAAAAUGUUUAUAAAGAACAUAAACUACUUGAAUUAUCAGUUGAUAGUGUUGAUGAACUUGAUACAUGGAAAGCAUCAUUUUUACGUGCUGGUGUUUAUCCUGAACGUGAACAACGAGCAGAAGAUUCAACGACAGCAGCUGAAGUUGGUCCAAUUGAUCCACAUAUGGAACGACAAGUUGAAACAAUCAAUAAAUUAGUAUCAUCAUAUAUGCAAAUAGUUGCUAAAAUGACACGUGAUUAUAUUCCAAAAGCAAUUAUGUAUAAUGUUGUUCAAAACGUGCAAAAAUUUGUAGCAAAAGAAUUAUUAGCACAUCUUUAUGCACUUCCUGAUCCAAAAGCAUUAUUACAAGAAUCAGAAGAAGAACGACAACGUCGAGAAGCUAAACUAGCUGAAUAUGAAGCUGUUAAAAAUGCUUUAAAUAUAAUCGAAAAUUUUCAUGCUAAUGCUCGAAAAGUAGCUGGAUCAGUUAUGUCAGCAUCUGUAUUAGCUGCUGGUGUUUCGAGUGCAACAGUAAAUCCUCAAAUGAAUAAUAAUUUUGCACCAUCAUCUAAUUUUCCGUCAAAUCCACAAUGGAGACAACCAGCGCCUAUGUAUGCAAAUCCAAAUGCAUUUGGAGCACGUGAACCUCCACAACCACCAAUACGACCAAAUGUAAUUGGUGGAAAUAUGGCAACUUUUCCUGCAAACAUGUUGUCUCAACGUCCAACACCGAGUGUUCCACCACGGCCAUUAGAACGACCACCAGUUCCACAACGGAAUUGA